UCAGUCUUUGCUCGACUGUCGAACCGGUUGGUAGUACCUUUGGGCACACACCGCUGCGGGGAGCCAACCAACGUGAUUUCGCGGCGCGUUCUGACAGUUGUUUUCUGGUUGCCAUCGAAACACUUCGCGCUAGUGACACAGCAUGCUGCGAUGUGGCACAUUAAGCAGCAGGAUAACGUAACGGGAACCGACAGUGGAGACGCUCUUUGCAUGUUUUGAUUUACAUUUUUGUAACUUUGUAUCCCGCGGGGGAUGGGAAUGUACGUUAUUGUUUCUGUACAAAGCCGGUAUGGAAUCCUGCUUCCGGUAAGCGAAUUGGGUGGAAGAGGACGCGACGUGAACGACAGUGUAUUGUGCUGUGAAACGGUGAUACACAUUAAGUGAUUGUUGGUUUAGUAAUAGAAGCCUCUGCAGGUGAAAUGAUAAUUAAGUGCUGAAGCAUAAUUCGAACGAAUACUUCGUGAUUUACGUCCUGAUGGUGCACCUUGAUUAAUGUUGAAAAUAAGACGAAAACAGUAUCUCGUAUAUCUCAGCCCUAUCACAUCUCACUGAAUUGAUGGUUGUGGCCACAUGCAAUACUCCCGAAGCCUCAUGGCAGUUCCUGUGAGGAUGAUUAAACCCCAGUGGAUCCCAUUCGGGCUAUCAAGUGACUGAACAAACAUUACCGAUCGAAGCGUGGAACCGGGUUUACAGCGCAAGUGAAUAAUGAGACAAAGCCAUCAAUUAGCGAAAGUGACAAAUUUUCUACUCCAUCUUACACUGGUUCUAACGGGCACUGCGCUGGUGAAACGUGAGCAAAGCACGGCCCGUGCGGAGUCCAGCGGGGUCGAGAUUCCUGGAAAAGCGGAAUUUUUAGCGUCCAGCAACUCGCUUGGAGCUGGCAGCGGCGAGUCCCGGCAUGGAAAAGGAUACUACAAAGGAUCGCCACACUGCACCCGGCUGGUGUUCAAUUCCGGAAGGGCUCGCAAUGGCAGCAUAGCACCGUCGCACUCGAAACAUUCGGGUCUGUUUCCGUCGUCGAUUUGCUACCAGUACGAGUUUAUCGGUCACGGUCUCGAACGGAUCCAGAUCGUCUUCUCGGAGUUUAGGUUGCCUUCCAAGCUGGAACCGAGCGAAUGUGGCGAGACGGAUAUUCUGAUGGUAUUUUCCCAUCACGACGGUCGAGAUGAGACCAUCGAGACACUUUGCGGGGACAUCCUACCGAAGCCAAUCCUGUCGAAUGGACCCCGGUUGCUGCUGGAAUUUCGCAGUACCUUCAACAACACCGAGAACAAAGGAUUUACGGCGGAUUUUAUCUUUCUAACCAAUUUCGGCAUCCCAACGGGCCACCAACCGAACCAGUCCGAGUGUAGCUUCCAUUAUUUCAAAAACGUCACGAAUCAGGGAUGGAUUCAGUCACCGAAUUUCCCCGGAGCCUAUCCAAGGAGCAUCCGGUGCAAUUACUUCUUCUACGGUGAUCCACUGGACUAUGUGCUGAUUCGAUUUACGUACUUCGACAUCGAAGGAAUUGCCCCCAGCUGCGACGAAAACUCCGCCAGCGACUAUGUGGAGUUCUCUAAUUUCAUCACCCGGGAUCGCAAAUUCGCCCUGUACUGCGGUCUGCGGCGUGAUCUGAUCGUCCGCUCGGAUGGGCGGUUUUUCCGUGUCACGAUGGCAUCGAACGACCGGCUGGACGGAACCGGAUUCCGGGCACUGUACGCCUUCGAAAGCAGCAUCUCUGCCGGUAUGAUGGGUGGUCCGUCCGGGGGCGGCGGUGGAGGCGGAGUAGUGGGCGUCGUCGGUGCCGCCGGUGUUCCCUAUCUACCCCAGCAGUACCAGGUGGCAGUGGCAGUAGCAACGACGACGACAACGGCAACGGCCGGUCGGAACUACGGCGGACGGCGCGGUGUCUCCGGGGCGGCUGGGCGGCCGACCGUCGACCUCCGAUCGAACGGCUCCGUCCUACUACUGCUGCUGCUGAUGAUGAUGAUGUUGCUGCUGUCAUCGAAGGCGGUCACGUACUCAAUGCAUCAUCAACCCUAUUCCCAUCCGACGAGAAACUGUUAACCGAUCCUGUUGCGUUUUUUUUUCCUCUUAUUUUUGGUGAGGUCGACAAGCAGACGACAACCGACACUGGGUCGUUUCGUAAGGCAGCCAAUGGUACGUUUGCUUCCGUGCCACGGAUCGACGAUGAUGGAAAGCUAUAGACUGUAUUCGUUAGACGUGUUUGUGUUCAUGAGUAUUAAGGCGAACAUCCAUCAAAACCAGUCAGGAUGCAGGAGAACAUUCCGGUAAUAAUCCCUAUUCGGUACUAGUUUGUGUUCCGAACAUCGGACUGAACUGACUUUGUGUCAUUAAUGUAUGAGGAAAAUAAAGGGGGUGCAUGUUUCCUGUCCCCUUGACGUCGUUUAUUCUACAAAGAGAAGAUGUUUCGGGUUUGAAUUCGUACCCAUAAAAUAAAUCUCUUUAGUCAAAUUUAGCAUUUAUCGUGCGAGUAAAGAACUGAAUCACGAUGAGACAACUAGCAGAAGUGAAAAUCCCAACAAAUGUACAUACUCAGACAAAAUAGAAAAAAAAACAAGUAGCUAAGCAGAUUAGAUAUAACUUUCCUUUGAUCCCCAACCAACUGGAUCGUGAUUGUGAUGAGCGAGUGCAUAAAAACGAGUCAAACUAUGAAUCCGUGCAAUUCGUCGCGUUGGAAAUUUACGUAAGUGAAGUCAGUGUCCCGAACCGCGUGACAUCCAAAAGUCAGACGGAGCGAAUCACAGCUGAAUAAAAUAAAACAAUUUCGUGUGAAAAUUUUC